AUGGAUCAAACUACUCAACCAACUCAACCAACAACAACAACAUCAUCAUUAUCACAAUCACAACUUAUUGAACAAGUUGAAGAUAUAGUUAUUGUUGACGAUUGUUGUUCAACUACAAAGGAUACAACUAAUAACUCAACUACAGCCGCUUCUAUUGCUGCCGCUGCCGCUGCCGACGAAGCCGAACAGAUACAGAUUGAAACAGAUACAAAGAGCGCAAUGAGCAAGGAGGUCGAAAGAUUGAUAAACAACAACCACGAGUGGAGCAAGAGGAUGACCAUGGAGGACCCGACCUUCUUCACCCAGCUGUCCGAGUCGCAGCGCCCCAACUUCUUGUGGAUUGGCUGCUCAGACUCACGUGUGCCCGCCGAGAAGCUCACCGGUCUGGGACCAGGCGAGCUGUUUGUCCACCGCAACGUCGCCAACCUCGUCGUUCACACCGAUCUCAACUGUCUGUCUGUGAUCCAGUACGCCAUCGAGGUGCUCAAGGUCGAGCACGUCAUUGUCUGUGGCCACUACAGCUGUGGUGGUGUUGCGGCCGCCUACGACAACCCCGAUCUGGGCCUCAUCAACAACUGGCUGCUGCACAUCCGCGACAUCAUAUUCAAGCACAAGAAGGUGCUGCACGAUCUCCCACGCAAGCGUAUGCUCAAUGCACUGUGCGAGCUCAACGUCGUCGAGCAGGUCAACAAUCUUGGCAACUCAACCAUCAUGCAGUCGGCCUGGAAGCGUGGCCAGAAGGUCAGCAUCCACGGCUGGAUCUACGGUAUCCAAGAUGGCUAUCUUCGCGACCUCGAGAUCACUGCCUACUCCAAGGACUCACUGGAGCGCAACUACCAGCAGUCCGUCACCAAGUUGAGAGAGGUCAAGACUCUCAGUGGAAGUGGAUAA